CACUGGACGGCGGCGGGGGCGGGGCAAGCGCGGAAGACCAGGGACGCGCUUCGUGCCGCGCAGUUAGCGCCGCCUGGCCUGGGGCGGACCCGUUAGGGGUCCCCCAGUUGGUCGUCCCUAUGGGGCUGUGUUUUCCUUGUCCCGGGGAGUCCGCGCCUCCCACUCCUGACCUUGAAGAGAAAAGAGCAAAGCUUGCAGAGGCUGCAGAGAGAAGACAAAAAGAGGCUGCAUCUCGGGGAAUUUUGGAUGUUCAAUCUGUGCAAGAAAAGAGAAAGAAAAAGGAAAAAAUGGAAAAACAAAUUGCUACAUCUGGGCCCCCACCAGAAGGUGGACUUAGGUGGACAGUUUCAUAAAGCAGAACGUGAGUAGAAGAGUCUACUGCCAAUAUCUGUUUAUCUGCGAUCAAGUGGACUUCCUCAAUUUAAUUUCUUCUCUUUGAAUAAAUAAAGAUUCAGACUUUGUAAUAUUAUUGCCCUUAAGUGCAAUGCUAAAAAACUUUUGAUUUUCAAGCUUAGAAAAUGGCUAGACUUUUCAUUAAAUACUAGUUUUCCUACAUUCGCUCUUCUGCAGUUAGUACAGUAGGUGAUUUGCUAUUUUUCUUAGUAGUUAAAAAAAUAGAACUAAAUAGUGAAUAUACAUACAUUGCAUGUAAAAAUUUUCCAUACACCUGUAAGAUUAAAAUUGGUAAUUGUAUUUUCAUCCUUUAUAAAAUGAUCUAACUACUUAUA